AUGGAAAAACACAUUGUCGGAACUGGUUACCAGACAUGGUCUCUUCUGCUUCGUGAGGACUUCCAGAGAAGUGAGCGACAACAUAAACUGCUGGAUGCUGUUUUCAGCCCAACAUGUCAGGUACACAGAUCAGUGUUUCCUGCGGAUGUCCAGCAGCUGUUGGUGAUUAAAGAAGAGGUUCCCCCCGAGUGGAGCCCCAGCCUGGACCAGGAGGACACAGAGCCCCUACACAUAAAAGAGGAACAGGAGGAACUCCGGACCAGUCAGGAGAGAGAGCAGCUUCAUGGGCUGGAGGAGGAUGAGGUCACCAGGUUCCCAUUUACUGCUGUUCCUGUGAAGAGUGAAGAUGAUGAGCGGAACCCUCAGUCUCCACAGCUUCAUCGAACUCUAACUGAAGACUACAGAGAGGCAGAGCCUUCAAACAGCAGCUCAGCUACACAGACAGAAACCGAUGGAGGAUCAGAACCUGCCAGGAACCUCGAUCCAGAUAGUCAUUUACACCCAAAUACUGAAGAACAUGCUUCAGACUCUUCAGACACUGAAUUCAGUUAUGAUGAGUGGCAAAAACCUUUGUCAGAUUCUGAAGCUGAAACUGAGGACAGUGACAAUGGUUGGAAGGAGACCAGGGCACCCGAGUCAGAUGAUAAUGCUCUGAGAUAUAAGCAAGCACCUGUAAGUGAUGUGAGUUGUAGUGCUGGAGAAAUGUCCUUCAGCUGCUUUGAGUGUGGUAAACAUUUUCACUACAAGGGGUCUCUUCAGAGACACAUGAUGUGUCAUUUAGGAAAAAGGUUUAGAGGGAAGCAAAAUGUAGAUUCACACACGAGAGUGCACACAGGAGAGAAACCAUUCGGUUGUGAUGUUUGUGGGAAGAGAUUUACGGUCCAGGGAAGUAUUAAGAAACACAUGAGAGUCCACACAGGAGAGAAACCAUUUGGUUGUGAUGUUUGUGGGAAGAGAUUUACACAACAAGGAAGUAUUAAGAAACACAUGAGAGUCCACACAGGAGAGAAACCAUUUGGUUGUGAUGUUUGUGGGAAGAGAUUUACAGUCCAGGGAAGUAUUAAGACACACAUGAGAGUCCACACAGGAGAGAAACCAUUUGGUUGUGAUGUUUGUGGGAAAAGAUUUAACCAGAAGCAACAUCUUAAGACACACAUGAGAGUCCACACAGGAUAAAAAUUGUUUACCAAGCACGUUGGUAAAGACCACAGCAGUUUUCAUUGUGUCUGGUUGUUUUGUUGGAUUUUAUUUUUUACUUACUUACAGCACUGUAUAAUUUCAAAAUAUGUAUAAAAGUCUUCUGGUUAAACUGUUGCUUACUGCCUACUAAAGUUAUUCACCUCAUACCAGAAAGAUAUUAAAUCUUUCUGGUAUGAGCACCAGUGGCAACAAACUGUAGGUCUGUGAUGGAGAGAACAAAAAGAAACCAAAGACACGCCACGUCAGUGUAAAUAUUUGUAUUUAAAAUGCACAUUUUCUGUAAAGUCUAAUUAAUAUACUGUAAAUUCAAACUAAGUGAUGCAGACAUCUGAAAUACUGGAUGGCAUUGCAGCUGAAAAUGUGGAUAGUGCUUUCUUGUUUUGUUAUUGAGCCUUUGGUUACACUUUAUUUUACAGGUCCCAUUAUUUUGUGUAAUUUCCCAGAAAUGAGCUGAUAUGUAACUGGAAACACCUGGAAAGGUUCCUGGAAAUGUAAGAUGGUUAUUACAGGGAAAGUGGAGACAAAUCCAAUGUAUUGCUUUGUUGAAUUUUAUUGAACGUACAGUUUAACAUACCUGAACAAUAAAUCCUUGCACAUGACAAUCA